CACUCUUAUUAUUAUUUUAAUUCUUAAUUUCAGAAUUGUACAAAAAGUCCUCCUAACGAAAGAAGUUUUUAGUGAAAUGAAGCAGAAAAUGUUUUAUCAAAUCGCAGUUUUGAUGUUAUUUCAAUCCAGUGCGGUUAGUGCCUAUGGAAUUAGUAAUAUUAUUUCGGCAUUUAAUAAUUAUGUGGAAGCAUUCGAUAAAUAUUCUAGUCACGCCAAACAACAACAUUUAGAUAAUGAAGGUUUUGAUUUUAUUAUUAUUGGAUCUGGUUCAGCUGGAUCCGUCUUAGCAAAUCGAUUAUCCGAAAUUAAUGAUUGGAAGAUAUUACUACUAGAAGCAGGACGACCUGCCAACUACUUCACGCAAAUUCCAUUACUUGCACCAAUCUUCCAAGUGACACCCUAUAACUGGAACUACACGAUGGAAAAGCAAGACGGGGUCUGUUUAGGAAUGGAAGACAACAUCUGCAGUUGGCCAAGGGGAAAAGCUCUGGGGGGCACGACGGUGAUCAACUAUAUGAUAUACACAAGAGGCAAUCCCACCGACUACAAACGUUGGCAAGAGAACGGUAAUCCUGGCUGGUCUUACGAAGACGUAUUACCUUACUAUCUGAAAUUCGAAAACUGUAACUUGGGAAAAGAGUGUGCCAGUCAGUUCCAUAACAAAGGUGGAAAUUUAAACGUUGAGUAUUCAUAUUCCUCCUUAAUAUCAGACGCGUUUAUAAAAGGGGGCAUUGAAAUAGGUAGCAAAUUGGUUGACUACAACAGCGCCGACUUUAUGGGUUAUUCAAGAAUACAAGCGAAUCUGUUGAAAGGACGGAGACACAGCGCAGCUACUGCAUUUCUCUAUCCUAUAAUCCACAGAGAUAAUCUGAGAAUUAUAACAUCAGCAAGGGUCACAAAAAUUAUAAUAGAUCCCACCACCAAAACGGCACAAGGUGUGGAAUUCAUUAAACGCGGUAAAAAAUACACGGUUCAAGCUAAGAAAGAAGUUAUUUUGUCUGCUGGUACAUUUAAUUCCCCUCAAUUAUUGAUGCUUUCUGGCGUUGGUCCAGAAGAACACUUAAAAGAGUUAGACAUUCCUGUCGUUCAAAAUUUGGCUGUUGGGCAGUCACUGUAUGAUCACAUAUCAUUCCUUGGUCUUGUGUAUAAAAUUAACAGAGCCGUUAACCCUAGGUCUGCUAUUUUAAAACCUAAUGAAGUGUUGAAAUUUGUAUCAAGAGGAAAAGGUCCUUAUACGUCCCUAGGUGGUGUAGAAUCAUUAGCUUAUAUUAAGACUAAUGUGUCUACUUUUGAGGAAAAUUAUCCAGACAUUGAAUUGAUAUUAUCAGGAAUUGGGACUUUGGAAGCGGAUUAUGGUAUAAUAUCUAAACCGGAAUUUCGAAUCAGAAGAGAUGUUUAUAACAAAUUUUAUAAACCACUAGAACAAACACCAGCUUGGGCAAUGUUACCGAUGUUAUUACACCCAAAAUCCAAGGGCUACCUUAAGCUUAGGUCUAAGAAUCCUUUGGAACCUCCUUUACUAUAUGGUAACUUUUACACCGAUGCGGAAAACGACGACAUAAAAACAAUGAUAGCUGCAAUUCGAUACGUGCAGCAGCUAUCCAAAACUUCAGGCUUUCAACACCUGGGUUCCAAAUUACAUGACAUUCCAGUGCCUGAUUGUGAACAAUUGCAAUUUGAUUCCGAUGAUUAUUGGGAAUGUGCGUUAAGGACUUUAACUGUGACUGUACAUCAUCAAAUCUCCACUUGCAAAAUGGGUAACGAAAGUGAUGUUGAAGCAGUAGUAGAUAAUAGAUUGAGAGUUCAUGGAAUUAAAGGAUUAAGAGUGGCGGAUACAAGUAUUAUCCCCGUCACUUUGUCGGCUCAUACUAGUGCUCCUGCUAUGAUGGUGGGAGAGAAGACUGCUGAUUUGAUUAAAGACGACUGGAGAGUUUCCAGCUGAUUGUUAUAGAAUAAAACACUGCUGUUCCUAAUCCUAAACGUAUAUUUAUUUAAGACAUGAUUUGUUUAACACAUAAAUGUGAGAUUAAAAAUGCUUCAAUAAAAGUUAAAAUAAAUAUUUA